AAGGGAGCCCUCUUUCGAAGUGGUGGUGCUUGGACGACUCGCUCUCUGCAUUGCUGGGCACCUGUAGGUGUCCCUCGAGAGCUCAGUUUUGAGGUUCAAGUCAGUGUGGCCAUGAAGGGGCUGCCUACUGGGCUGAUGCUGUGACCCCGGAGUCUGCCUCUCCUGCCAGUACCCCUGCCCGGAACAUGUGGCUGCAGCUUGGCCUGCCCUCGCUGUCCCCGAGCCCCACGCCCACAGUUGGCCGGAGUCUGUGCCUCACGCUGUGGUUCCUCAGUUUGGUGCUGAGGGCCAGUACCCAGGCCCCAGCACCCACAGUCAAUACUCACUUUGGGAAGCUAAGGGGUGCCAGAGUACCAUUGCCCAGUGAGAUCCUGGGUCCUGUGGACCAGUACCUGGGGGUACCCUACGCAGCUCCCCCGAUCGGCGAGAAACGUUUCCUGCCCCCGGAACCACCCCCAUCCUGGUCGGGCAUCCGGAACGCCACACACUUUCCUCCAGUGUGCCCCCAGAACAUCCACACAGCUGUGCCCGAAGUUAUGCUGCCAGUCUGGUUCACUGCCAACUUGGAUAUCGUCGCUACUUACAUCCAGGAGCCCAAUGAAGACUGUCUCUACUUGAAUGUCUAUGUGCCCACGGAAGAUGGAUCCGGCGCUAAGAAACAGGGCGAGGACUUAGCGGAUAAUGACGGGGAUGAAGAUGAAGACAUCCGGGACAGUGGCGCUAAGCCUGUCAUGGUCUACAUCCACGGAGGUUCCUACAUGGAAGGGACAGGCAACAUGAUUGACGGCAGCGUUCUUGCAAGUUAUGGCAAUGUCAUCGUCAUCACCCUCAACUACCGGGUCGGGGUGCUAGGUUUCCUGAGCACUGGGGAUCAGGCUGCUAAGGGCAACUAUGGGCUCCUUGACCAAAUCCAGGCCCUCCGCUGGGUGAGUGAGAACAUUGCCUUCUUUGGAGGAGAUCCCCGUCGAAUCACUGUCUUUGGCUCGGGCAUCGGUGCAUCCUGUGUUAGCCUCCUCACACUGUCUCAUCAUUCUGAGGGGCUUUUCCAGAGGGCCAUCAUCCAAAGUGGCUCUGCUCUAUCUAGCUGGGCUGUGAACUACCAACCAGUGAAGUACACCAGUUUGCUGGCAGACAAAGUGGGCUGUAACGUGCUGGACACCGUGGAUAUGGUGGAUUGUCUUCGACAAAAGAGCGCCAAGGAGCUGGUAGAACAGGACAUUCAGCCAGCCCGCUACCAUGUGGCCUUUGGCCCUGUGAUUGAUGGUGAUGUCAUUCCUGAUGACCCUGAGAUCCUUAUGGAACAGGGAGAGUUCCUCAAUUAUGAUAUCAUGCUAGGUGUCAACCAGGGUGAGGGUCUCAAGUUUGUAGAAGGGGUGGUGGACCCUGAGGAUGGUGUUUCUGGCACUGACUUUGACUACUCUGUCUCCAAUUUUGUGGACAAUCUGUAUGGCUAUCCUGAGGGUAAGGACACCUUGCGGGAGACCAUCAAGUUUAUGUACACAGACUGGGCAGAUCGUGACAACCCCGAGACCCGCCGUAAAACACUGGUGGCACUCUUCACUGAUCACCAGUGGGUGGAACCUUCAGUGGUGACAGCUGAUCUACACGCCCGAUAUGGCUCACCUACCUACUUCUACGCCUUCUACCAUCACUGCCAGAGCCUCAUGAAGCCCGCGUGGUCAGAUGCAGCUCAUGGGGAUGAAGUGCCCUAUGUUUUUGGUGUCCCUAUGGUAGGUCCCACUGACCUUUUCCCCUGCAACUUCUCCAAGAAUGAUGUUAUGCUCAGCGCUGUUGUUAUGACCUAUUGGACCAACUUUGCCAAGACCGGGGAUCCCAACAAGCCGGUACCCCAGGAUACCAAGUUCAUUCACACCAAGGCCAACCGCUUUGAGGAAGUGGCCUGGUCCAAAUACAAUCCCCGGGACCAGCUCUACCUUCACAUCGGGCUGAAACCAAGGGUUCGUGAUCAUUACCGAGCCACCAAGGUAGCCUUUUGGAAACACCUGGUGCCCCACCUGUACAACCUGCAUGACAUGUUCCACUAUACAUCCACGACCACCAAAGUGCCGCCCCCGGACACCACCCACAGCUCUCACAUCACUCGCAGGCCCAAUGGCAAGACCUGGAGCACCAAGCGGCCAGCCAUCUCACCCGCCUACAGCAAUGAGAAUGCCCCCGGGUCCUGGAAUGGGGACCAGGAUGCAGGGCCACUCCUGGUCGAGAACCCGCGAGACUACUCCACUGAACUAAGUGUCACCAUUGCUGUGGGGGCCUCCCUCCUGUUUCUCAAUGUCCUGGCCUUUGCUGCCCUUUAUUACCGUAAGGACAAACGGCGCCAGGAGCCCCUGAGGCAGCCUAGUCCCCAGAGGGGAACUGGUGCCCCUGAAUUGGGAACUGCUCCAGAAGAGGAGCUGGCAGCAUUACAGUUGGGUCCCACUCACCAUGAAUGUGAGGCUGGCCCACCCCAUGACACAUUGCGCCUCACAGCAUUGCCCGACUACACCUUGACCCUGCGGCGCUCCCCUGAUGACAUCCCACUCAUGACCCCCAACACCAUCACUAUGAUUCCCAACUCCCUGGUUGGGCUGCAGACCUUGCAUCCCUAUAACACCUUUGCCGCAGGGUUCAACAGUACUGGGCUGCCCCACUCACACUCCACUACCCGCGUAUAGCUCUAGCCCAGAGCACAACCCAUCUCCCAGCUUCCUCCCUCCCAGACCCACAAACACACAUGCACACACAUACACAUAUAUGUACACGCACGCACCCACACCCUACAGCAGACCCAUCUGCACAAACACAGACAGAUGUGGACAUGCACCCGCAUGUACAAAAACACAAAUCCAGAAGUAAACCUGAACAGGCCCUUCAAAUGGGGACACAUAUGAGUCCUUGGUACCAAGGGCCUAUGGAACAGCAGCUGGAGCCAGCUCCCUGAACCUGACCAGACACUCCUGGGGCCCUGGAAGCCACAGCUGGACACCCCCUUGGUGCUUGCCCUUCUCGGAACUGCACCUUCUACCAACUGCAGACUCGGGAGCUUUAAAGAGCAGGAGAGCUCUUCCUCCCCCAGACUUGGUCUUUUCUCUGGGUCUUGUUUUUGUUGAUUUUUUUUUUAAUGGAACCAAUGUUUUUCCAGCCCAUUGAAUGCUAAGCAGCUCUGGAAGGGAGGGCUCUAAGAUCAGGAUUCUCUGGUUCUGGGACUCCCAGUGUUCAAACAACCAGACCAAGGAAGAGGACCCUCCAAGACAGUAACAGAUGGGAACAAGACUAUGGGGAGGAAGAGGCUAGCAAUGGAUGGGGUUGGCGGGCCAUCAAGGACAGAGCACCUACUGGCUCUGUGUCCCCAUAGAGAACUGCAGCAUCACCCUGGCUAGACCAGGGGAGCCUAGGUUUGGUAAACUAAGUACUGUGGAGGCCAGAACCUUAUUGAGCCUCUGGGUAUAUAAUCUGGGUUCUGCCUCUGCCCUUGGGGAAAUGAUAUCAGAAAUUUGCCCCAUUUUAUUUACAGUCUCUUUGUGUCUGUCUGUCAUUUCUCUUUCAAAAUGGCGGUGUUUUGGGUUUUUGUUUUGUUUUGUUUUUUUUUGUUUUUGGUUGUUGUUGGCUUUUUCUUUUCUUUGCUUUCUUUCUUCUAUUUUUU